AUUAUUUAAAUUUUGUACGUAUCGAUAUUAAGAAACAUCGAUAGCUCUGCACGCCUUCGCGAAAUCAGUGUGACCAGCCGUCCCAUAGCUAAAUUUUUCCGCAGUUAUCGAAGGCAAAGAAGUGUUUUGCGAAAUAUUUAAAAAGGUCACUCGACACAACUUUGCAAAUUUUUUUCCUGAACGGAGCGACAAAACUGGACUGGGAAAAAGCAACCUUCUAACAUCAUUCCCCAUUUCGAGCUAAAUCGUCGUUGAGCAACCAGGAAAAGAACACAGCGGCAAACCAUGCCUUCGGCUGCAACCACCACAAUCACCAACGCCUCCGCCAGCAACAACAACAAUAGCAAGGAUAAACGCGCCUCGGUCAGCUCGAUUGGUGGGGGCAGCGGUGGCGGCGGAAUUGCAGCUGCUUCUGGCGGCGAUGGAGCCACCAUUAAUGGCCAGCAUGCCGGCAGCCGCAGCAAUUUGACCCAGCCGACAGCGGACGGCAGUCAGUCGGAUUUGGCCAACAACAAUGCGAGCAACGGAAGCACGAAGGCGCUAAAGUCGGCCGCUGCUGCCGCUACCCCUGCCGGCGUCGCCGUGACCCCAGAGCCGUACAAUCCGCUGAAGCAGAUGCUGGUCACCAUUGAGCACAAAAUCCGGAACCUGGAGAAGCGCAAGACCAAGUUGGAAUCAUAUCGCGCUAUUCAGAGCAGCGGCAAGGAAUUGAGCGGCGACCAGGCCUCGGCGGUGGCCAAGUACGAUGCAGUUCUGGCCAAUUUGGAGUUUGCCCGCGAGCUGGCCAAGCAGAUGCAGCAGCAGUCCAAGGAGGCCGAAAAGGAGCAGAAAAAACAGGCUCGCAAGGACAACCAGGCAAAGACACUGGCUGAAACGGCAAAGAUCCGUGAGGUUCUGAUCAUUCAGAACGUGCUUAACUGCUUCAACGAUGAACAAAUACGCAACGAUUUUCCCGGCGAGAAUGGAGCGAAAAAGCUGGAAAGCAGUGAAUUGGAAGUGCUGGAGAAAUUCUGCAUGGAAACCCGAACUCGUCGCCCUGAGACCGCUGACGAUGUCAGCUUCAUUUCCACUGCCCAGAAGUCAGCCGAACUUUUUGCUUCGACCAUUAAUGCCCGACCCAAGACAUUCGGGGAUAUAACGUUCGAGAAGUUGCGGAGCCUGUUCCAGCAGAUCCAGGACAGCGGCUACUUGGACAAGUACUAUCAGGUGGAGAAUGCGGUGGCCAAUAGCACGGACAGUGGCACUGGAAGCGGCGAAGGCGAUGGUGGCGUCGACUUGCUGAACGAUGGCUCUGGCGGCGAUCUGGAUACUGAGCUACCAUCUGAGCCAUCGGCUCGAAAUUCUUUAGAGGAAGGUCUCGACAAAUUGCAUCUUGGAGGCCCACCGGAACUAGAGCAGCAUCAUCCACCACAGCAUCAGCAGCAGCCUGAGCGUCCGGGAGGCCACCUUCUGUUGGAACAGCACCAGCGUGCUCCUCUUCUUGAGCAACAGACCCUGGUGGUGCAACAGCAGCAGCAGCAACAGCAGCUGCCACAGGUUUACCAAGCUGCCCCUCCAGCUGGGGGAACCACCACCCCUGUGCAUGUCCUGUAUGCAGCAGCACCGCCUCCACAGCAACAGCAGCAGCAGCCGCCGCAUCCUCACCAGCUGCUGAGCAGCCCCGUGAAUCUCCAGGCAUUGCAGACGGGAGGUGCUGGAGCAGCUCCUCCACAGCCGCCCCAACAGCAGCAGCAGGCGCAUCCGCCUCCGCCUCACUUUGCUCCGAGUGUGCGGGCCGUGGAACAGAACUACUUUAAACCAGCGCCGCCACAUUCGCAGCCUGGAGGAUUGCAGGCACCAGCACCAACACCGCAACAGCAAUUCAUGCAGCAAAUGCGUCCCCUGGCGGAGGUAUUGGGCGGCACAGGAAGCUUCCUUUUUCUGCAGGACAGUGAACUGGACAAUCCUGAAGGCCUAGCACCCCUGCCGCCUCCCAACAAUCCGGGAUUGGUGUUUGAUACGCAGCAGCCGAACCAUGUCGAUGAACCACCGCAAGCCAUACAAACGUUGACCUUCACCAAUCAAUCUUUUCCCUCCCAACAGCAGCAACAGCAGAAGCCCCAACAGCCGCCUCCACCGCAGCAGCAGCAACUCUUCUCCCCGGUCCUGAUCCACGAGCAACGCCAGCAACAGCAGCAGCCCCAACCCAUGCUAAUUAUGCCGCGUCUACCGAACCAGCAGCCUGCUCCUCAAGGAAUUGGCAUGCAGCCUGGCGAUGUAACCUCAGUCUUUCCAUACGACGGCCCAGUAGUUACCUACGACCAGCGCAUCCAGCAGCAGCUGAAGCAACAGCAACAACAACAACAACAGCAGAUUCAGCAGCAGCAACUGGAUGAGCCGUCACCCGGGAAUACCGCUUCCAAUGCUGGUGGAACUGGCAGCGACGUGGUGUUGGAAAACAAUGAAUGGCGCAACAAUGACACGAACACCGCUGCCACAGUGGCACUCACUAAUGUCCUCAAGGGAGGUGAGCCCACACCACCGGCACCGCCCACCAAGUGGAGUUCGGAGAUGAAUGCCAUGAGCAGCGCGGCCUCAAACGGCAGCAGCAGCAACACCAGCCACAAGCAGGAGUGGUCCGCGCCCAGGGACAAUAGUGCGGGCCGUGGUGGAAACGGAGGAGGUGGAGGAGGUUAUGCGGACAACGAGGGAGGAAACAAUCAUUGGAAUUCGCAGGGUGAUGGCCGUCGUAACUCUGGCAAUUACCAGCGUCGCAGCGGUGGCGACCGAGAUCGUGAUCAGGGCACGCGUGGCGAUGACCGGCGCAAUGGCGGUGUUGACAGAGGAAACUAUCGAUCGCGUCAAUACGGUAACUCCUCAAACCAGAACGGACGCAAUUCCGGCGGUGGCGGCGGCGUCUACUUCCGCAACAAUGACACCGGCAAUGGAGGCGGUGGAGGUAACAACUACUACCAGAACGGAGGAGGCGGUGGCGGCGGGGGCAAUGGUCCCUACAACAAGGAGUCCCGCUACGAAUCCUCCGGCGGAAGCUAUCGGGGUCAGCGCGGAGUCAACCAGCAACGGAAUGGCAACGGUUCUUACGGUGGUGGCAGGCCUAUGGGUGACCGUGGUGGACGCGGCGGAGGAGCAGGCAACCAGAGCGGUGGCUACAUAAGCCGCCAGAACCAGUCACAGCGCAUGCCCCUCGGAUUGGAGAAUAAAAACUGAGCAGAAAACAAUACGUAUUAACAGAAAGAAAACAAAACAAAUAGAAACAUCAACUUCAUUCGAGAUCCAUACACAAAAACAAAACGGAAACCAAUCAUCAGCAUACAACAAACAAAUAAUGGCCACGUAGACGUACAAUUAUCGUUACGUUGAAAAGGGAAUGAAACUCUCAACCAGAAUAUAAAUGGGAUUCUACAAUAAAAUAAUACGAAUCCCUCAGAAAACAAAGGGAAAGCAAAUGAAGGAGAGUCAGAAAACCAAUUUGCACGUAUUUUUUAAUACAACUUACACUUAAAUUUCCCUUAAUUAUGGUUUAUUUAAAUAAUGUAUUAAUAAUAAAACAAAAUAGUUGUUAGAAACA